GUUUGUCCGUUUCCGGACGGCUGCCAGGAUGCCGAAGAAAAAGACGGGCCAGCGCAAGAAGGCGGAGAAGCAGAAGCUCCGCCAGAAGGAAAUCCGCAACCGGGAAUCUCAGCUACCGGAGCAACCGUGCAACGUUGCGAUGGACUGUGAGAAGUGUGGCAGGAAACAGAAGUCUAGAGCGUUCUGCUACUUCUGCCAGAGCCUGCAGCGGCUGCCGAUCUGUGCGCAGUGUGGCAAGCAAAAGUGCAUGCUGAAAACGGGCGACUGUGUGGUGAAGCAUGCCGGCGUGUUCACGACCGGGCUGCAGAUGGUCGGUGCGAUCUGCGACCACUGCGAGGCGUGGAUCUGCCACGGUAGGAAGUGUCUGCAGUCGCACGCCUGCACCUGCCCGCUGAUGGAUGCGGUGUGCAUCGAGUGCGAGCGGGGCGUGUGGGACCACGGUGGUCGGAUGUUUAAGUGCAGCUUCUGCAACAACUUCCUGUGCGAGGACGACCAGUUCGAGCAUCAGGCAUCGUGCCAGGUGCUGGAAUCGGAAUCGUACAAGUGCCAGUCGUGCAACAAGUUGGGCCAGUACUCGUGCCUGCGGUGCAAGACCUGCUACUGCGACGAUCACAUAAGGCGGAAAGGGUUCAAGUACGACAAGAACAAGCCGAUCCCCUGUCCGAAGUGUAACUACGAGACGAGCCAAACGAAGGAUCUUAGCAUGUCGGUGCGCAGUCAUAAGUACGGGCGCAAACGGAUGGAUGAUGAGGGAGACGAUGAUGAUUAUGCGUACGAUGAUGAGUACAUGUCGUACCGCAACAGUCACGACCACUACAACGAGGUUUCAGGUAGCUCUUCCGACGACGACUACGACGACGACGAUGAUGAUGAUGAAGACGAUGAUGAGGAUGAUGAUGAGGACGAGGACGAGGAGGAGGAGGAGAAGAAAGAGACUGCUGGCGCACAGGGAACAUCCCAGGGCACUUCCUCGAAGGAGCAGAAGUAGAGUGUCUGUGUAAGAGCUGUUUAAAGCCACACGACUUUUGUUCUUUAUUGCAUAGCAUAACUAUACAAGCUAUAUGCAACGAGGGGGGAGUAGGACGAGGAGGGGUGGGUUUGGGGAAGAUGCGUAAGGGACGACGUGAGAUGAAUGUAGUAAAAUGAAGGAAGUGGGCAAAAGAACAGGAAUAAAAGAAACGUACUAAAACGUGAGCAGCAAAGCCGUUUUUAGAA